AUGGAGGGUCAAGAUCUAAGUGAAGGACAUCUGCUACUGCUGCUGAAAGCAACCAAAGGAGCAUUUGAAAUUGAACAGUUUGGGUCAGCAGGAAUUAAAAUAAGGAACAGAAUUAUGGCUUGUGUUCUCAAGGAUUGCUUGAAGAACAUUGAAAUGCAGUACAACUUCUUAGCCAUGAUAUGGGGAUGGCAGUCGUUUCUCCCUCAGUCAGACAUUGUUGAUAAACCUCUUAUGGCUUGGUGCUUGAAUCUUGGAUCAUCUCUCUUAGAUAUCCAGGAAGGAAAUUUAGCUUGGAUGCUGAAUUCAGCUUUCCCAUUAGUACCAUCCCUGGUGUUAGGGAUUACAAACUCCAGUGUUGGGGUGAGAAAAGGAGCUUUAAUGGUCAUGGGAAAGAUUGCUGCUAUCAAAGGUGGGAGACUGGGUGAAAAUAAUCAUAGUCUUCUACUUGAGAAAGUUCUGCAGCAUUCUGAAGAAAUUUUGGCAGAUGACAGGCAGCUGCUUAUGUGCUUAUAUGAGUUUAGUGAAGCAGAUCCGUCAAGGUGGUUCCAUGUUUUGCAGUCAAUAUUAGGAGUGCUGACUGAUAAUGUUCCUGUGCAUAUAAAGAUGGGACUUCUGUAUGCUCUUUCAAGUAUUCAAGAUAUUGCUGUGCUUCGUUGUCUUCUGCCUCUGGCUGGAAAGAUAUUGCUUCAGGCUGAAUCUUGUCUUCAUGAUGCAAAAGUUGAUGUUGCUGAUUCAUAUACUCUCUAUUAUAUAUUACUGCAAUUUUCGCCUAAAACUUCAAAGAUUUUGGAAGAGAAAGAAGGCUGGAAUUUCUUUGUGAAAGCACUGACAUGUUCAAAAAAUGUUAUGAGAAUCAUGGAUGAAUGGGUUUCACCACAGAAAAUUUUAAUGGAACAGGUGAUGACCCAGAAAUUCUUUGCUAGUAUUGAAAAAGAGAAUUUACAGGCUUCUCUUUGGAGCCAUCUUAUUGGGUGUGUAGUAGAAUCAGAAGAUGCCACUAUAGCUUCCAGACUCCGAAGUGGACUUCGCAAGACUAGUUUAGAUGCUGAGUUUAUUGUAAAAGAAAUUGAGAAUUUAAAUCUUGCAACAAAAGUUACUUCUAUGCGGGAUGCACAAGCUAAGAGGAUCAAACAAAAGAAGACUCAAAAAGAAUAUUCAAUUGAACUACAAAAUUGGAAAAAGUUAGGCUUGAUGCUGGAGACAAUUGGUGUAAUGUCAUCGUUAGGUCAUCCGUGGUUAUUGACCAAAGUGUUAUGCGAGUGUCUCCACCAGACUUUAAAUUUGGACUCUGUUAUUACGGAAGCAGUCCAGCAGCAGAUAUUAUCAGCACUUCUACAUUUGCUUCAGAAAUCAAAGGAGGAAUUAGGCGCAGAAACAAGUAAGAACGUGAAGUUGAAUGUGGAGUUGAUUGUACAAUGCAUACGUUCUUCAGUCAGCCCUGAUACCCAUCGUCGUGCAAUGCUGAUUCUAUCUUUAGUUGCUGAUAUUUUCCCAGAUGUUGUUUUACAUAAUAUGAUGUCCAUCUUCACUUUUAUGGGGACUUCUCUUCUUAGGCGGGAUGAUUCCUAUUCAUUUCAAGUCAUCCAUCAAACUAUAGAAAACAUCGUCCCUGUGCUGAUAAAGUGUGAAAGUGGGUCGGAGGAGUUGCAGUUCAAACUUGCCAAUGUAUGCCAGGUAUUUUUCGAUGCAUUUCCUGACCUUCCAGAGCACCGCCGUUUGCCUCUAUUUAUUCAGCUUGCCAGUACAAUUGGUGUCAAAGAAAACUUAUGGAUUUUACUAGGCCUAAUGGCUGAUUCUCAUGUUAUGAGAGGUAAUGUUUUGGAAACACCUGAAAGCACAGAGGAAGUUCGUCGCAGCGUGCCGCACAUUAUAGAGUUUGCUUUGAUGCUGAGCACUGAAUUUAGUGUUCUCCAUCAGGUUAAUGCUUGUUAUAAGCUUUUGGAAUACAUCAGUAAAUUACCUGAGGAUAUUGAAAGUCUCGUGCAGAAACAGAAAGUGGGAAAAGUUAAAAAGAAACCUUUGGACAUAAUAAAUUGGGAAUCUCACUCUACAAAGCAGUAUAUCAACUUCAAGUACAUAAGCAUAGCUCUUUUGUCACACCUUUUGUCAUCAGAGAAGUUUGUGGGAAAGGUGUUAGAAGGAUCGGAGGGUAUGGAAGAAGAACUGCGUGACACUUACCAGCUCCUUCUAGAGAAGACGAUGUCCUAUCUUCGCACUGUUACUGAUUCUUGUGAAAGGAACAAGGAUAAGCCUAGUGGUAAGGUGUGGUUAUCUCUUCAAAGGAAAAUUGUUGAUGUUUUAGAUGGAAUUAUAUCAGUGCUACCUCCAAACUUGUUGCUCCAAGUUGUUGAUGGACUUUUAGAAUCCCCCAUUCCUCUUGUUCGAUGCAGAGCCACAGAGCUACUGUGUUCAAAGCUACAACCUAGCUCUACAUUCUUCAGCAAAGAAGAUUUACUGGAUUUGCUUCCAUUUGUUGACAUUUUGAGAAAAGUAGGAGCAGAUGAUCAAGAGCCAAUUGAGAAUCGACAGGUUGGGAUUUAUGCUCUGCAACUUCUCACUAAACACUUGGCACCGCAUGUUAAGAUUGGUGCUAUUGAACCUGUUAUGUCAACUGCUGUUCAACUAGUUUGCAGUCAAGGUACUCCGAUGAAGGUUGUAACUCAAGCAUUGCUACUGAUAGCAGAGGCUGUUGGAUCCCUGAAGGCUCAUGCUGUAAACCAUCUUGGAUCCUUAAUGCCUGUGAUUGCCAGACUUCUUGUUAAGUGUGACACAGAAUCAGAUCAUCUUGCUUUGGCAGCAGCUACAGCAACUCAUAAGAUAAUUGAAAACAUGGCACAGUUCUUGUCUCCACAUCUAGAAACACUUAUUUGUUCCAUAUGUCAUCUUUGUGCCUUGAAAGAUGAAGCUUUCAUUCAAGAAUCCCGGUUAGGUCUGAGGUUAGCUGCUAUGCGAGAUAGUCUACCACAGCGUAUCGAACCAAGACUUAUGAUACCCAAAUUUGCUGCAGCCUACAAGACUUUGUCAGGUGAUGAAAUUCCUGCUCUACAACCAUUGAUGAUUAUGGUGGAAACACUUAUAACCAAAGCAGAAAGUAAGGUUGUGGUUGCCCAAAAACCUGCUUUCAUUGACUUAUUUACUCAAGCAUUAGACCUUCGCACUCAAAAGGGUGAUCAUCAAAGCAUUGAUGCUGUGGAGGCGAAUGUUUGUUCAGCCUUAGCCAAACUGCUUUUGCGUUUGAAUGAACAUGACAACGUUGCUGUUUUUGCUAACUUGCAGUCCUGGGCUUCAGAUGUUGUGGAUAUUAAACCUUCCAGACUCAUAACAUUUUAUAGGUUCGCAAAUCACCUCGCUGAAACUCUGAAGGUACUUUUCAUCAAGGCCAAAUUAGCUGAUAACUUAUUCGGUCAGGCCGCCUCAGUUCUGGAGAGAAACAACUCGGUUAAUAGCCUGAAUACAGUAUUUGGUGCAGGAGAGGAAGCUGCACAAAAAACAGCUGUUCUUCUGAAGUAUGUCUUAGAUACUCUGAAGACUAUUUUCCUUCAUGAUUCUGUAAAAUUUACAAAUCAGGAACGCUUCCAAAUGAUGUUGCAUCCUUUGAUCAAUCAGCUGGAGAAUACCAAGAUUGGCAAGGAGACAUAUAAAGAUAUGAUCACCCACCACUUCAUCCCCUGUGUCUUGAAAUUCACCUCUGCAGUUGGCGAUGAUUCACUCUGGAAAGAACUGAACCGAGCAAUUCUGUUGAAACUUCGAAAUGAUGAUGAUGAUCCUCUUGUGAUCUUAGCAGCACUGGAAACUUUUGAAGCCCUAAUUGAUGCCUUUGGUGAAGAUUACUUACAGCCUCUUCUUGCUGACAUAAUGCCAUACAUAACAGAAGUAUUUGAAACAGUAGAUCCUGAAAUAGAAGCUGCCACAAAAGAAAUUUACACAAAAAUGGAAGCCAUAUUAGGCGAUUCGUUCAGGUCUUAUCUUGACAGAUAAUGAUGUACAAACUAAUAUAAGAAAAUCUAAAUAAAUAAAAACUUGAA